UUUUUUUUUUUCUUUGGGCUGGCUUCGUGUUCAGGAACAUGGAGUGGUUGCUUGAGCGGCGUGGUAUAGACGAGAGAGACCCAUAACCCUAUCUUCUUCACAGCUGUCUUCACCACUACCACCACCACCACCACCACCACCACACCCAAUCACUCUAGCUGGGCACCUGCAUCCCACCACCAUGCGCACCGCCCUUCCCACGACCUGAAACACCCAGACACACACAUACAAUGAAAUGCAAUGUCCGCCUUCGACCGCGCCACCCACAAUGAAGGCAGCUUCAGCGCCGUGACGCCGGGCGACACGGUCCAGAAAUACGUGAUCAGCGCCUUCUCGGCGAUCACCUGGUACAACGCGAUCGAGCUGGUGAUCCUAUGCCUGACGACCUUCCACUCCUAUCGGGGCUGCUACUUCUGGAGUCUAUUCAUCACGAGCUUCAGCCUGAUCCCGCACGUGCUGGGCUACACAUUGUUUCUCUUCGCGCCAGACGUCUCGCGCUACAUCUCGGUGACCCUGAUCGUGCUCACCUGGUACUGCAUGGUGACGGGCCACUCGCUGGUGCUCUGGUCGCGGCUGCACCUGAUGCUCCAGCGCCCGAAGCUUCUGAACUGGAUCCUGGGGGGCAUCAUCGUCGACGCGAUCCUCUUCCACAUCCCGACGACCGUGACACUCUACGGCGCGCUGGGCGGCUCCCCGCGCUGGCAGUCCGGCUACAAUAUCAUGGAGCGCAUCCAGCUGGUCGCCUUCUGCGUGCAGGAGGCCCUGCUGUCCGGGAUCUACGUGUACGAGACGAUCAAGAUGCUGCGGCUGCGGCCGGAGCGCCCGCGAAGGCUCCUCCUGGCGCAGUUGCUGGUCAUCAAUGUCGUGAUCCUCGUGCUGGAUCUCGCGGUGGUCGCCAUCGAGUAUGCCGGGUACUAUGCCCUGCAGGUCAUGUUCAAGCCCGUCGCGUAUAGUAUCAAGCUGAAGCUGGAGUAUGCGAUCCUGGGGCGGUUGGUGCAGAUCGCCAAGGGCCCGAGUUUGAUUGGUGCCGAUCCCUUGUCGAACACCAGUGCCACCAGUGCGUUUGUCACCACGCCGCAGGGCUGGGAUGAGUGUGUCGCGGGCGCGGAGACCGGGACCACGGGCACGAUGACGACGGUGGUGAGGCAGAUUGAGUCGGAGGGGUCCGGGUUGCAGGGGCGCAGUCCGGUUCGGUCAAGGAAUAGUUUGGGUUCCGCUUGCUAGAUCUCUUUGGCGGUAUAGAGGGGGAGUUGGGUUUGUAUUCUGUGUAUAUCAUUCACGACAUAUCUUGUGGACUUCUAAAAUUAGAAUUUUGGAUGGCUCCGGGUCAGUAUAAUUGACUUGGGAGCGGAGAGAGAGACGAAAUCA